AUGAGGGCCGUCGCUGAGAUCCAAUCUUUGAAUUGGCGAAUGAUUCUCGUCGUCACGUUGUGUUGCAUGGGACUCUAUUUUUUGUCCACGGGUGAUGGAUUUGGGACUGGGCCUAGUACUUCACAACCACCAAGUGCGCAAUUGGAAAGCCCUUUUCUUGUUACUCCUGUCCAGCGGCCUCCAGAAGUUGCGGUUUCCAAGGCAGGAACGGGGACGGUAAAAGAGAGCGUUGUACCAGUGAAGGAUACGGGCAAGAUUGUCAACGUGGAAUCGAAGUUCAAGACUCAAAACGAAGAUGUAGCUCCGGUGGAAAGACCCUAUCCUGUGUUGGGGGAUGAAUAUGACGCUCCUUUUGAUGCAUUUCCUGGCCGUCAGAGACCGGUAGGGGACGAGGACGAGGGCGAGGAUGAUGAAGUUUUGGAAGCGAAUCCUGAGCCUGAAGCGGAAUCAGAGCAAGUGCAAUAAAAGGAGGAAAAUCCAAUAAAAGAAGUGCCAGGAAAGCCGGAAACACCAGCGAACCCAGCCCCAGAUUUCAACUCUGGCAGCAACGAAGAACAAAAACAACCUCCCACAGCACCCUCCAUCAAACCACCAUCCGAACAGCUCAAAGCCGCAAAACUCCAUCCUCCAAACCUCGUCCCAGAACCAGGGUCUCAGGCUGCCACAGAACUGCAAUUCCAAGAGGACUAUAAUUACAUAGCCAUCUGCGCAGCGCUGAAGGACGUACCACUCGACCUACCUGAAUGGCUAAUCCAUCACUACAACCACCUCCAAAUCCGCAACUUCUACAUAAUGGAUGGUGGAUCCGAUCCUCCUUUAUCCACAAUUCCAACCGUCGAUUUGGGAAUACCACCUGCAUCUGUCCACUUUCAAUUUCAAGAUCAGAGUACCCGUGGUGAAAACGAACAAUUGUUGAUAUAUCAAAGAUGUUUACAAAACUGGGGAAAGAGACAUAAAUGGAUGAUCUUCCUGGAUGGCGAUGAAUUCCUGGAAUUGACCGCGGGCAACGAAACUCUCCUUGAAUUCCUCAAAGAAAAAGAACAAGAGCCGGGAGUUGGUGCAGUGGCUGUAAAUUGGAAAACGCAUACUUCAUCCGGUCUCCUGACACGACCGGCAAGCGCAAGGAAGGCUCGAACCCUCAAGUCCGCAUACGUGGAAUUUGAAAGAGGGGUUUGUGACAGUCAGGGAGCAUGGAGAUCAGCUGCAAGGUUUCUUUAUGCCGGUGAUCACUCGGGAUCGGAUUGCCCUGCAUCAUUAUGCUGGGAAGAGUAGGGAGGAGUACGAGGAGAAGAUGGGGAGGGGAAAUGCUAUGAAUGGUAUGUUAUGUUUUGGGCUCCCUCUUUAUUUCAAGCUUGCGAAAUGUUGACUAACAUCCUUGGUAGAUCCUAAGAAAGAGAAUUUCUGGCAGAGUAUUGAGGUUGAACUUCCGCAUGUUGGAUGUCCGGAGAUGGCUAAAUAUGAUCCUUGAACUUCUUUGUGUGCGUGUUGUUAUGACUUUCAAUAUAUGGAAGAUAGUUAAUAUAUACAAAUUCAACGAGUUUCCUUUUUCGGGGGUUUCCAUCUCUUUUAGAAAUUGGUAAAGAUAAUUAAUCGGACUUUGUCCUUUAACUUUAACACUUCUUAAUAGCGA